GUAAUUUUUAUAAACACAAGAACUUUCCAAGAUGGUCACUUUCGAAGAAAACUUCACGUCUUAUAUUUAACAUCUGAAGGUAACAGAGAAGUUUUCUAGCUUCAUUUUCGCCUUUCGAUACUAAGUAGAUCACCAUGGCUGACGAUGCUGGACACAAAGCCAUGUUGUAUUUCUUGGAGAUUUUGAUGAAUAGCGCAACACCCUAUACUAUCAGUCAGUUAGCAGGGCGCUUUGGAAGUCGUAACUUUACACCAGACAUGCGACAAUGUGCAGGUGGGAAUGAAGCUGGUUUAAAGAAAUUCCUACAAAAAUAUCCAUCCUUAUUUGCAGUGAAUGGAAAUUUAGUUAGUUUGAAUGACGGAAGUAACGAUCUUGGAAAGUCAAAUUUUCGAGAAAGCAGCCCUGCAUCAUCAAAUCCCCAAGAAGUAUCUACUGAAACUGAAGCAGUUCAGUACUUUCGAAGCAAAAUGCUAAAAAAAGGAGAACAAUGGAUGGCAACAGCAAGUCUAGCUGGGCAUUUAUCACAAGCACCUCCAGAUAUCAGAGAAUGUGUUGGCCCACAGAAUGAGUUCAAACAGUGGAUACUUAGGCAUCCACUGAUUUUUGAAAUUAAAGGUGACAUGGUUGGCCUUAAAGACAAUAUAACAUACAGUGCUGUGAAUCCUAAUGCCGAGCCAUUUCUUGAAGACAGUGCCUUAACCUCUCGUUUUAACCAAGAAAGAGAUCAAUUAUUAUUACAGAGUACACCUAAAUUAAAGAAAAGACCUAAAUCAUUGGAUAUGUUGGAACCUCGAUCCCCACUGAUGUCACCAAGAUCACCAGCCAUAAAAAGUGCAAUUACUCCAGGAAGUGCAAAAUCUGGACCAACAGAAAUGACAGCUAAUCAGUACAAAGCUGUCAUGUUUAUAAAAGGCAUAAUAGAAAAGAAAGGGGAUAUGAAGUUAAGCAGUUUAACUGGACACUUCAGUCAAGCUCCUGAAAGUUUAAGAAAUACAAUUGGAUGGACAAAACAAGAUUUAGAAAAAUUUCUUCUCUCACAUGCAAAUAUAUUUGUUGUAGCAGAGGAUGAGACAGUUUCUGUAAUAAAAAAUGCACGUCUAAAUGUUUUCAUCACAGGCAGCAGACCACAAGCAAGUCCAAAACCAACUGUUACUGGCAGGAAAGGCCGUAUUUAUCAUGUUGCAAAACUUUGGGGUAUCAUUGAUCUUGGCCGGCAUGAACAUGUAUUCAUUGAUCGGUCAAUAUUUGGGAAACACAUUGAUGAUUUGAACAAAUUGUUACAUGUUGGAGAAAUGUGUUGCUUUGAUGCAAUUCCAGCUCCUAAAGGGAGUCGUGCAAGAUGGCGUGCAACGAAAGUAUGGAAAGAACAUGAAUCCAUCGAGGACUUAAUUGAAAAGGUAGCAACACAAUUACAGUUGCCAAUGGAUGGCAUACCAUAUAAAGAACCGCCAAGUCCCCUUACAAACAUUGAUGAAGAGAUGCGGCAAAUAAUUCCCGAAUUGAAUGACAGUACUAUUGCAUCAACCCCUGUCAGUGUUGGGGGUGUCAAUUAUGCUUUUGGGGAUGCAGCACCAAGUGGAGCAGGAAUUGUUCCAGUCUGGAAUUUCAAACAUGCUGAAUUGGCAGGUCUUAGAGAUGUUGAUGAGUUAGAUCUGAGUGAUGAGGGAGAAUCUCCAAGUUUAUCCAUGGUAGCAGAACGUUAUUACAUGAACCGUUCAGUACUAGGAGACAGUCCCAGAGAUGGUGAGGAUGAAAGCACAACUAAGGAAAGUAAUGGUACAUUAAAUGGUGAAGUUGGAAAAGAGGGGAAAUCAGAAAAUACUCAGAAAAAAACAUCAGAAGCUGGAUGUCAAACUAUUGUAACAGGAGAGGUUCUAGCAACUCAGCUGUUUCAUGAAGAAUUUUAAGAGUUCUUCAUUUUAUGCAAUAUUUAGUCAAUAGUCAAGACUUUUUAUAAUGGUUUUGUGAAAGAACAGAUAUAGAGUAAUGUUUUCAUGAUUGUUGUAGCAGUAGCACAAUACUAAUUGCAGGUUUCCACUUUAGCAAGUCUAAAGUUCAUAAUGUGCAAGAUCAUAUAACAACGUAUUUUAGUAUUAAUGAUUGUGUAAAUUAAUCUCUGUUCUUUCACAAAAUCCACCUUGUUUUAGGGAUUGAUCUAAUUAUGCAAUAUCUCCUGUACAUGCAAAUUACAUUUUGAGCAGGAUAAAGUACAACACUGUUAUUAAAUGCUUACAAAGUAAUAUUAAAUAUUUUGUAUUACUAAAUCUGAUGAUUUGAUUUUGGUACCAAACAUGUAUGAUGGUGCCUGCCCAUUUAUAUUUUGAAAAAAGAUGUUGCAUUUUUUGGAAAGAUUCCUGCAUCAAUGUUGAAUGUAAUCGGGGAACUGUCAAAUAAUAAUUGCUUCUGUGGAUUUAGAAUAAAUUUGUGAUUGCUUUGGUGGAUUUAGAUUGAGUUUAUGAUAGCAUGUGUGGAUUUAGAAUAAGUUUGUGAUUGCUUCAGUGGAUGUAGAUAAGUUUUUGGUUAGGUAUUGUGACUAAAUUAUUAGUUACCAGUUAUUUUCUUGCACAGUACUUCAGUCUGAGCCAGUGAGGAAUGUGUCAUUUCUAGUGGUAUGCUUUAUGAUUUUGCCAAGUUGAUUUUGACUUAAAUAUGUAUAACUUACUGCCAUAUUGAAAGUAUAGUGCUUAUAAAAGGUCACUACAAAAUGUACCAUUUCAUUUAAAUUUUAUCUGUACUGUAAAGUUUUCUUAUAGAUCUGAUGAUACUAACAGUUUCAACUAUUUUUCCAGAUUUUACACAACACUGCAAAUUUAAUAUACAUGUAGUAACAAAAAUUUCUGAAAUUAUUGCAAUGUGUUUGUUUAUCCAUUAUUUCAAAUAACUAUUAGCGUAAACAUUUUAAUGGGCUGCUCAGAUUAGACGGGGUAGAAAUUACAAAAAUCAGCAUGGGCUGUAGUGUAUGCCCUAACCGGGUCUUAAAAAAUAAUGCCAAGGACUGUAACAUACAGGCAACUUUAUAUACCUGACGACAUGUAAGUUCUUUAAGGUGGUACCCAACACCUUGACUAAUAUCAAUUUGGCUCGUUUAAUUUUCAUAAAAUUUGGACAAAAUGUUUACUUUGACCCUUUGACAAAAAUAUAAAAAUUUCAAAAAAUUUGAAUCAACCACUUUAUCAGAAAAAUUUCAUUGGUUAUAUAACAGUUCAACAAACAAUAAUUUUGAUCAUUGAGAAGCUUAAUAUUUCCUUAACAAUACAACGUAAUUAAAACGUUUAGCUGAUUUUUACAGAGUUAUCUCCCUGUAGUGUUAGAUACCACCUUAAAUUAAUCUGAAAUGUAAUUUGAAAACUUUCAAAAAUCAUGAAAAAGCAGAUAAUGUAAGAUUUGAAAUAAUAGAUGGAUGCAAUAAUUUCUGAUUUUUUGUAAAAUAAUUUUAUUUUUUAUUAAAGUGACCUUGUUCUGUAAUGUUUUGUGCUGGACAUAUUUAUUAUUAUUAUUAUUAUUAUUAUUACUACCUAAGUAUAUGCAAUGAGAUUUUUAAUUGAACCAUAUUUAUUAUUGUGUAAAUGGAAUAUAUUUUAUAUAAGAUAUUUAUAUUUGUGCAUUUUUUUUAUCUUUGGUUUGUUGGGACACUUCAUCUUAUUAUUUAAUCGGGUUUUAAAACCAAAGAACAGAGAUAUGCAAAAAAAAAUAUUGUUAGUGUUUAUUCAAUUUUUAAAAUUUGAUAGAACCUGACCAGAAAUAAAGUUGAAAUUUCUUCUGAUAAAGAAAGUUUUAUUGAAGUGGAAUACUUUUUUUUUUACAGAUAUCUGUAUUUCACAUGUAGAGAGAAAAAUCAUGUCUAAAAGUGAUUGUCAUGUUUUUUUAGGAUAAUGUUUGCUUAAAAAUUUUGUUCUUGUUCUUUUAGAAAACUUUAAUGACAAAUAAUUUAUCAAAUUAUUCUAUUUUUGUCAGAUUUAACUUUGCAAUGUAAUUUUGUAAUUGAUUUGAAAUUUAUGAUUAAAAAUGCAGUUUGCAAUAUUUGAUGACCUUCAUACAAAUGUCAAGUAUAUUCUAUUUCUUUUAGUCUUCCUACUUGUGUUUUAUGCUCUGGUUUCUGUCAUUAUGUCAGUUUCUACGAAAUCAAGGAGCAAAUUCUUGAUAAUAAACAUAAUUAUAUUUGUUAGCGAAAAGUUACAUAUCCAUUUCAGAUAUCAGUAUUACAUGUAUCACUACAUUUCUAUAUAUAUUACUGCUAUGAUUCUUAUAGCAUUUUGUAAUUGUCUGUCUGUGUUCAAAUAAAACACAAUACCUUUUGUGAAUUAGUCAAAUUUGCAUUGAGUGUGUAUUUAGUGAAAUAUUUGUCAUGUACCGGUAUUUGUGCUGCUAACAUUUUAGUUAAUUUCGUCUAUAGCAUAAUUUCUGUUUGAAAAAAUUAUUUGUAGAUUCUAUGUUCAUCGAGCAUAUUCAUCUUGCGUUAGUUUCGAAACAUACUCAGCAGAAACAAACAUUGACUCUUAAUUAAUACCUAAGCCUUUAAAUUUCUUUGUGUAAUUUUUUAUGUUCUUAGUUUUAGCAUGUAUGUAUGUAAAUGCUAUAGGGGUCAUGGUAGUAACAUAAACUUUCGAUAUUUUCGGCUUAGAUAGAAUGGUCUAUCAUUUUCGUAUUAUAACAAUUUUUCGAUUCUGUUUGAAACAGAAAUAUUAUACUAGUCAUAUAAUUUUAUCUGAUUUUUGUUUUUAAGAAAAAAUGACCAAAAUAUGAUAUUUUAUUUUGUAUUAGAAUGUCAUGCUUAUGAAUUCAGAAGUCAUUUGAAAGAGUUAUGACAAUGAUCUAAAAAAAUUAAGAAGUAAAAAAAAUCUUUCAUCUGUUUUUUCAUGUGUGAAAAAUCAAAAUGAUUUUCAUCUUUUCUAGAUAAUGUUAUAAAUGUAUCAUGUAGAGGUAAAAAGGAAAUCACCAAUUGAAAAAAAGCUUAAUAUAUGUAUUCUUUGCCAAAAUGUUUUUGAAUUGGUUUGACACUUAUUUGUACAUUUAAUAAUGAAAUCUAAGAAUUGGUCUUACAAGUUGAAACUUCGUAUUUCCUAAAGACUACAUGAAGUUCAGAUAGUUUGGAUUGCUGUGAAAUGAUGAUUAGGUUGUAUUAGAAGAGUUUGAACUAUGAAAUGAUGAUGAGGUGGUAUUAAAAGAUCUUGUGAAAUUAAGGGUCUUACAUUGUCAAUCUGGCCUUUCUGGAGCCAGAAUAUAUUAAUUCCUGAAAAAUGACAACUAAAUUCAUAAGCAUGACAUUUUCCCAUUUUUUAAUUUACCGAAAAACCAUUGUUCCAUGACUUGUUGCUUCUUUAAUUUUAUGUUUUUAUUUAUAUUUGUUAUGGUUUUUUUUGUUUGUGAUAAAAUGUUAUUAAUAUAUUCAAAUUUGUCUAUCUUUAUUUUAUUAAAAAGACAACAAAUAUAAAAUUAUAAAUGAUGAAAGACUACAUAAAAUAAAUUUGUGGAAAAAAAUGUUUAUUAAUCAAUCUUAUUUUAAAUUUGGAAGCAAUAAAUAUAUUAAAAAUAAUUUAUUUCAAAUGUCAUCCCUUUUAUUUUCCCUACUACUCUUGUUAUGAUAUUAAUUAAAACAGCUGUUCCAAAAUAGGGCAUUAACUUCAUUCCUUUAACACAUUAGAAAACAUCUUACUUUGUUCAGAUAAUUUGUUUAGGAGGUAUAGAAUUUCCAGAUUUGUUUUAUUUGUUCAGAAUUUAUAAAACCAGCAGUUUUCUUCACUAUAAUGCAAUAUUUAAGUUCAUGUUUAUAUUGUGUGAAAGAUAUCUUUUACAAACCGUUUCCAAGAUUUUAACGAUGAUCAUUGUAUAUCCAAACGUAAGUGGAUUAACAAAUUAUCAAAUAGAUCCAUACCCUGUUUUAUUUGUAUCUAAUUGUGUGUUCAAUGCACAGUUGGCGGUGCUGAGAGUUUGUAAAUCCCAUUUUGUUGAUAUACCUCAAACCUUUUGUGUUAGCUGCGUUUGUAUAAGCAUUACUGCUGUUGCAGAUAAUUUUUUUUAUAUCAUCACCAUUUCAUAUUUUGUGUUGAUAUUUUGCAUAAUCAUUGGAUAGUGUAAGAUUUUAGAAUUUUGAAGAAUAAUAGGUUUUUUCAUCAAUUAUAUAUUUUUAUAAAUAAAAAUGCCAUCUUUAAAAUAAAAAUUUGGUUGUGAAACUUAUAAAAUUGGUUUGUGCUCACAAGGUUAUACUUAAUUUACUAACAUAUUAUAUUCAAAGAUUUAAAAUGAAUUAACUUGAUUUUUGUGCAUGUAACCAAAUUUUUAUAUCAUAACCAACUUUAAAGUUGUAUUUGUGUCUAGUUACAUCAUAUUUUUAUUUUUGUAUAGAAAGUUGUAAAUUUCUUGGCUCUUUCAGUGUUUUGUGGAAAUUGUUAGGGUAGGUAUAUUUGCAAUUUAAAAAAUCCAGAUAUUAAGAAACCACAGAUUGUUGUCAGAAUUUUUCAAGUGUUGCACUAUAAUUUUUAUCAUGGACUUCAACACACAAGUAUUUUUCUUUGGCUGUGUUUUUUUUCACAUCUUGUCAUUUUAUGGAAUAUAUCUAUUUCAAACAGAAUAAACCUAUAAAAUAAGAA